AGAGCCUGGUUGGGCAGCUCUGGGCUGCCGGGUCGUGGUGAAAGGCGGUGGCCACGUGGCGGCGGAGGUGGUGGCGGUGGCGGUGGGGCUGCAGGGACAGCGAUCUGGGAGAGAGUGGCUGCCAGCUGGAGCAAGAGCAAGAGCUAUCUCUGACUUGGUGGAAGAUCUAGACAAACCGUUCCACGGCAUUUCUUGCUCAACCCUGAGACAGUUGGAACAAGAAGGGUCAUUGAAGUCGAGGGCUUGCCAAAGGAAUUUUCAACACAUCACUACCUGUGGUCGACUCUGAAGUUCGGGAUAGGAUUUGUGGACCCACUUCAUCUCAGACCAUGGCAAGCCAGGGCCUGCCUCUUUACUUGGCCACCUUCUUGACUGGCCUCCUGGAAUGCAUCGGUUUUGCUGGUGUCCUCUUUGGCUGGACUUCACUAUUGUUUGUGUUCAAAACAGAAAAGUACUUUUUAAAGCCCUGUGAACAAGACUGCUUGCUCCAGAGCAAUGUAACAGGGCCCUCUGACUCGAAAGCACAGGACGAGAAGUUCUUACUCAUCUUCACCCUGGCAGCCUUCAUGAACAACUUCAUGACCUUCCCCACUGGCUACAUCUUUGACCGCUUCAAGACUACGGUAGCCCGCCUGAUAGCCAUAUUUUUCUACACCUGUGCCACACUCAUCAUUGCCUUCACCUCUGCAGACACUGCCAUGCUGCUCUUCCUAGCCAUGCCCAUGCUCGCAGUGGGAGGAAUCCUGUUCCUUAUCACCAACCUACAGAUUGGAAAUCUCUUCGGCAAACACCGUUCAACCAUUAUCACCCUCUACAAUGGGGCAUUUGACUCCUCCUCAGCAGUGUUCCUCAUCAUUAAGCUUCUUUAUGAGAAGAAUGUCAGCCUCAGGUCUUCCUUCAUCUUCCUGUCUGUCUGCAGUGUCUGGCAUGUUGGGCGUACUUUGCUUCUGAUGCCCCAGGGACAUAUCCCCUACCCGUUGCCUCCCAACUACAGCUAUGGUUUGUGCUCCAGGUUUGUCACUAGAAAGGAAGAGAAUAAAGCAGCUGAGCCUGAAACCAAGGAGCUGCAGUCAAAGGAAUGUCUGUCACCAAAGGAGGAGAACUCUGGACCAGAGCAGCAGCAGCAGCAGGAGCAACACUCUUUUCGACACUGCGUGCUCUCUCGACGAUUCAUCUUGCAUGUGGUGUGGCUGUCUAUUAUACAGUUGUGGCAUUACCUCUUCAUUGGUACUGUCAACUCUCUACUCACCAAGUUGGCUGGUGGGGACGAAGUGACAGUCAGUGCCUACACAAAUGCCUUUGCCAUCACCCAGUUUUUUGGCAUGCUGUGUGCCCCCUGGAAUGGCUUACUCAUAGACCGCCUUAAACAGAAGUAUCAGAAGGAAGCCAGAAGGACAGGUUUCUCAUCUGAGGCUGUGGCUCUCUGCUCCAUGGUGCCUUCGCUGGCCCUGACGUCUCUGCUGUCCCUGGGCUUUACCCUGUGUGCCUCCAUUCCUGUCAUACAGCUACAGUAUGCCACCUUCAUCCUGCAAGUGGUCAGCCGCUCCUUCCUGUAUGGGUGCAAUGCUACCUUCCUCACGCUGGCUUUUCCCUCAGAGCAUUUUGGAAAGCUCUUUGGGCUGGUGAUGGCCUUGUCAGCUAUUGUGUCUCUGCUACAGUUCCCUCUGUUCAAAGUCUCCCCCAAGAGCAACGCUGUAAAUGUAUCGAUGGCGCUGGCCAUUUUCCUGACAUUGGUCCAUCCCUUCCUGGUGUACUCUGAGUGCCGUGCUGAGAAGAAAAAAUCGUCUGUGGAUGCCUAGCCCAGAAGCCCUCACUCUCUAGCCUUGAUGAUACCUUUCCUGCUCAUUACUUUGAUGAUCCAGUGUCCACAAAGACUUUGCCUAUCCAGGAGAACUGUAGUAGGCAGCCAUAGUUUUUUUUUUUUUUAAACAACAACAA